AUGUCUUCCGCGGUUCAUACUCUCCUCAUCAAUUCCCUCACUACCAUAAAGCCCAAUCCAGAGGUUGAAGGAAAUUUUCCAUUGGAUGAGGCUGUGAUUGAACGUCAGCUUCUCACAUAUUCCUUUCCACAGAUACAUAUCAGUUUAUUGUCUUAGGCUGACACUUCCCCUUAGAAUUUCCACCGGGAACGAAGGUUGUUGCUGCUGACAGCUAUGGCUCCUCGUCAUGGACCGUCACUGCUAGAAUCUCAACGAUACUCGCAGACGGAACUCCAAAACUAUGGUUCUUAAAGUGUGCAACCGAGAAGUCAGGAAAAACGAUGCUCAAAGGAGAAUUCCACUCCAUGACGGAGAUCUACAAGACCAUGCCAUCCUUUGCGCCCGAGCCAUACGCAUGGGGAAAAGUUCCAUCGGCCCGUCCCAGAAACAUAUUUCUUCUUGAAAGAGUUCAUUGA